AAAUAAUGCGCAAAGUUUGGGGAAAGUUUUACAGAGCGAGUCGGGACAGUGAGAAGCGAAGGGAAUGCCUGGGAGCCUGCAUUAGCACAUGAAGAACGACGCCGUUAUCUUUAAACAUUCACGAAUAAAAGAAGCAUCGCGGAAAGGAAUAUAUUUUAUUAACCGACCAAGCAAAAACCUUUCUGGAAAGAAUACAGAAUGUUUUAUUAUUAUUUUUUUUUUACGUACAGUAAAUAGUAACGUAUGAGUUUUUUUAAAAGUAUAUUGGAAAUAAAUAUUACACAAAAGCAGCAGAUCGGCUAAAAUGUUUUAAACGAUGGUAGAACAUGGAGUCGAGGACUGGAAAAAACACCGGGAAUUAGAUAAGCUCCUGAAAGGUUUUACCGCAUUGCAACAUGUGGACAUUCAUUUCUUAGAAAAGGUUUCGCAUCAGUGUGUCAAGUGCGCCCUUGUGUGUAUGAGAACGGGACUGCGCUUAGAAAAAAAAGGGGUGGAAAGUUAUGGACUGAAGAGAGCGGAGCUGGAGCUGCAGAAUGCAAGGGUACGAUAACCAGAGCGGCAUGGAGAUCGGCAUGGACCCGACCAUCGUCCUCCACUACAACAGCUCUGGGAAGUGGGGUCGGCAGAAGGACGUGGACACGGGCAAGACUGUAGUGCUGCUGGUCAUCUGCUCCUUCAUCCUGCUGGAGAACGUCAUGGUGCUCCUCGCUGUGUGGAAGAACAAGAAGUUCCACAACCGCAUGUACUACUUCAUCGGGAACCUGGCCCUGUCCGACCUCCUGGCUGGCAUAGCCUACGUGAUCAAUAUCUUCAGCUCUGGACGGCGUACCUUCUUCCUGACGCCCACGCAGUGGUUCAUGAGGGAGGGCAGCAUGUUUGUGGCCCUGAGCGCCUCCACGUUCAGCCUGCUGGCCAUUGGCAUCGAGAGACACAUGACCAUGGUCAACAUGAAGCCCUACGGCGCCACCAAGAGGUACCGGCUCUUCGUGCUGCUGGGCGCUUGCUGGCUGGUCUCCGUCUUUCUCAGUGCCCUGCCCAGCCUGGGCUGGAACUGCAUAGGGAACCUGCCGUCAUGCUCCACCGUACUGCCCCUAUACUCCAAGAGCUACCUGGCCAUCUGCAUCACCAUCUUCACUGGUAUCCUCCUGGCGAUCGUGAUUUUGUACGUGCGCAUCUACCGCCUGGUCAACUCCAGCAGCCAGCGGGUUGCCUCCAGGCAGCAGGGCCGCUUCUCCGAGCGCUCCAUGGCGCUGUUGCGGACCGUGGCGAUCGUCCUGGGGGUGUUCAUCGUCUGCUGGGGGCCUCUCUUCGUGCUGCUCAUGCUGGACGUAGCCUGCAGCCCCCAGCAGUGCCCGGUCCUCUACAAAGUGGACUGGUCCAUCGCCCUGGCCGUCCUGAACUCGGCCCUCAACCCUCUCAUCUACACCCUGUCCAGCCGGGAGAUGAGAAGCGCCUUCUUCAAGCUGCUGUGCUGCUGCGAGCUCAGAGCGAAGGAGGUCAAGAACGUGACGCUCAGCCCGACUGUGGACAAGAGCCAGAGCAAAUCCAGCAGCGCCUGCAGCCCCCCCAAACAACAGGAGGACACGGACUCCCCCCCUGCCGUCGCGCUCAUAUCGGCCGUGCUCGUCAAAGCCAGCGGGAUUUCACCCCAAAAGGGCAAGUUCUGAUGGGACGUACAGUGUCGUACUAACUAAUAAACUUGAAUUGGAAGAGCAGCCCAGCCAGGCUACUUACUUGUGAGAUAUAAAACUGCCUGGGAUUAAAUACUAUUCAGAGAGACAAAUGUAAUCAAAUAGAUUACAAAUUUGCCCUUUUGUUUUGGUGAUGUCAUACUGCCAUAACAAUGUGUUUUUUCUUGCAGAUAAAGUUUAAUUAGUUUUACCUUUUAACCCCAAAUAACUAUUUCAAAAUACUUUGCCUCUGAAAAGAGCAGACCCCGUUGCUAUAAUCUCUUUGUCUUUACACAUUUGUGCAACCCUUUAUACUGCCUGUAAAUGUUGGCGGAUUAUUGAUUCUGAAUUGGGAUCCACACAUGUAUAUAAGAUGUAUAUAUGAAUGUAAAAGUUAUUUGUUUUUAUCAAAUUGUAAUUUAUUUUCCAACAGAAGAACCAGCCGCAGUAUUAUUGUUCACGAACAUUCUGAGACUGAAUUAUUGGGCUGCAAGACAGUCGGGGGAUGGAAUUAUGCAUGAAAAUGGAUCUUAAAUCAUUGGUUAGCACUUAUUUAAAAUGAAAUGACAUAAACAUAUUGCAGUUAAAAAAAAGUAAUAAAUACAGAGCACUCUAGCAGAAAUUAUUUUUUGUAAAACAAACAGAGAAAAAAUGGGGAUAUUUUAACCACAGAAGACAGUGUUUUAAAUAAAAAAUCUGUCAAGUACGACCGCAGCAUCUUUUUGUGUUGUUAUCACAAUAGUCUACGUUGAUAUCUGUGUACUGUACAUAUAUCUUUCCAAAUAGAGCACUUUAACAAAAAAACAAUGUGAUCAAAAUACAAAUUAUAAUAUUGUGUGGAU